GAUUGAAGGUCUGUUGGUAAAUCAAGGUCACCAAGAGCUUUCUAUUAAUUUCAAUCUCUACGCAAUUAUUCCUAUGGAAUUGACAGCCGAGGUUUCUGAAUAUUUCAAUGCUACUCCAGUCACCAACCUAAAUCAAGUUAACCUUCUCAUAAAACCAAAGGAAUAG